AUCGCCUCGCCUCGUCUCUUGUUCUCUCUCUUUGCCUUCUUGCUCGGCCUCCUCCUCGCAGCAGCAGCAGCCUCUCGUUGCAUUACUCGACGGAGGCCGGCUGCUGAGGAGAUCCAGCGAGGAAGUGAGAAAUGUCUGCGAACGAGGGAGAGCUGAAGAUGAGGGUGAUCGCCAUGGGCGGCGACGCCGCCGCGGAGAGGAGGGCCGCCGAGGAGAAGCUCUGCGAGUACACCCUCGACGGGUCCGUGGACAUCAAGGGGCGGCCGGCGGUGAAGGGCAAGUCGGGAGGAUGGCUCGCCGGAGGCCUUAUUCUCGUGAACCAGGGCCUGGCGACGAUGGCCUUCUUCGGCGUGAACGUGAACCUGGUGCUGUUCCUGACGAGGGUGGUGCAGCAGAGCAACGGCGACGCGGCCAACAACGUGAGCAAGUGGACCGGCACCGUCUACAUGUUCUCCCUCAUCGGCGCCUUCCUCAGCGACUCCUACUGGGGCCGCUACAAGACCUGCGCCAUCUUCCAGGCCAUCUUCGUCCUCGUAAGCACUCUAGUUUUUGUAGCUUUGUACACGCGAGCGAUCGAUCGAUGGGCGAUCACUGUCGCGGUGCACAUCAGGGACGUACGUACGAACGUAGGUGGUACCGCGCGGCCGUGGGCUGAUGAUGGGCUGUGCGCCUUUCUGCAGGGGCUCGGGCUGCUGUCGCUCUCCUCGCGGCUAUACCUCAUCAGGCCGGUCGGGUGCGGCACGGAGCACACGCCCUGCGCCUCGCACUCCGGCACGGAGAUGGGGAUCUUCUACAUCGCGCUCUACAUGAUCGCCUUCGGCAACGGCGGCUACCAGCCCAACAUCGCCACCUUCGGGGCCGACCAGUUCGACGAGGAGGACCCCGCCGAGGCGCACUCCAAGGUCUCCUUCUUCAGCUACUUCUACCUGGCGCUCAACCUCGGCUCGCUCUUCUCCAACACCUUCCUCAGCUACCUCCAGGACCACGGCAAGUGGGUGCUCGGCUUCUGGGCCUCCACCGCCGCCGCCGCCACCGCCCUGCUGCUCUUCCUCAGCGGGACGCCACAGUACCGCCACGCGCAGCCCUGCGGCAACCCCAUGGCCAGCAUCUGCCAGGUCGCCUCCGCCGCCUGCAGGAACUGGAAGGCCGGCGGCGUGUCCUGCUCCUCCGACGUGGAGAUCCUGUACGAGGGCGACGACAAGACGGACGCCGGCUCAAGGAAGCUUCUGCACACCAAAGGCUUCAGGUUCUUGGACCGCGCGGCGCUCACGACCGAAGACACCAGCUCCAAGCUCGCCACCUGCAGCAAAACGCGCGAUCAGUGGAAGCUGUGCACGGUGACGCAGGUGGAGCAAGUGAAGAGCAUCCUCCGGAUCCUCCCUAUCUGGGUCUGCACCAUCCUCUACUCCGUCGUCUUCACCCAGAUGGCGUCGCUCUUCGUCGUGCAGGGUGCCGCGAUGCGCCGGACCACACCUUUGGGCGCCUUCUCGAUCCCGGCCUCCAGCAUGUCGGCCUUCGACAUCCUCACCGUCGCGACCACCAUCUUCCUGUACCGGCGGGCCAUCUGCCCGUUCCUCGCACGGUUCACUGGACGCUCGACCGGACCCACGGAGCUGCAGAGGAUGGGACUUGGCCUGGUCCUCGGCGCAAUGGCCAUGGCCACCGCCGGAACGGUGGAGCACUUCAGGAAGGCCAGCGCGACCACGGCGAACAGCAGCGAGCUGCACAUCCUAUGGCAGGUGCCGCAGUACGCGCUGAUCGGAGUGUCGGAAGUGAUGAUGUACGUGGGCCAGCUCGAGUUCUUCAACGGCGAGAUGCCCGACGGGUUCAAGAGCUUCGGCAGCGCGCUGUGCAUGAUGUCCAUGUCCCUCGGCAACUACUUCAGCGACAUCAUCGUCAGCGCGGUGACCAAGGCCACCGCCGUGGACGGGCGGCCGGGCUGGAUCCCGGCGGACCUGAACGAGGGCCACCUCAACAAGUUCUACUUCCUGCUAGCCAUACUCUCCGUCGCCGACUUCGCGGUGUACCUCGUCUUCGCCGGCCGCUACAGGAAGACCUGCAAGGUGGACGGGCGGAGCGACGAGGAGGAGGAAGGGAGCGUGGACGACGAGGAGGCAUGCCACGAGUGACUCGGCGGCCUCUCUCGACGGCCGCCUGGCUGCGGUGGUUCUUGAGAUCGGAGACUUCAUGCACGAGCAUUGGUACGUACGUUCAGCGCGCGCGACGGGUCUCUCGUUGAUGAUAGGACAUGCAUGGGAUCGGCGGUGGCUGGCUGCUGCCACGACUAAAGAAUAAGCAUGCCAGUGUGUCAUGUGCAACUACGAUGGCAUGUACGCCUAUGUCUUAGCUAUGUGUUCGUUCUUGGCAUUUUUUGGCCAGUUUCACGCUGUAACUGACCACUUAUGUUCACUGUACCGCUGACUAGUCUGCUACCACUUCCUUUGUAUGCAUGCAUGGACAGUGCACUUCAUUUGUAUGCAUGACUUUCUUUCUUC